CUUCAAGCGGGCGGAGCUAAGAGACGCAGUCUGUGAUUACCGCAGCCAUCUGUUCUGCUCUGCUUCCGUGAAAUCCGACUCCAGUCAGACAGAGUUUCCAAAAGCGACAAGAUGGUGACCAAGAGGAUCCGCUCGGAGUACAUGAAGAAAUUCAAAGACCCCAAAUGGGACACCUAUGCUAAGUGUUAUGAGGAGAUGCUGAAAUACAGGUUGACCCGGAGGCUGCUGGAGCACACACACAACCCCUGGUUCUGGAGUGGUUCCGACACUGAUUCAGACUCCGGAGGAAGGAGUCCCUUUCCUCCCAGUAAGAACCAGGUACGGCCUGAGACCAGCAGAGACAGGGGUGAGGCAGAGCUGGAGGAGUGUGAGGGGGCGAGGGUGGAGAGAAACACACUGACUGUACCCAGGCUUCCCCUUCAAGAGGAGGAAGAGGAGGUGAAUGUGUCUGCCCGACAGUCUGCUGUCCAUGGCUCACAGCUUGAAGGUGCCAGAGAGACGAGAGUACCAGAGGAGGAGAGAGAGGAGCAGAGAGCCAGCAGCAGGGGCAGUAAACAGUUAACAGCCCCUCACAGGGAACAAGAGAAAGACACUGGUGGACCACAGCAGAGUAAACCCUCCAAAUCCUCAAAGCAGACCUGGCGCUCCCAGCGGGUCAGGCCCGCCCCAACGCGGCAGCCCUGGGAGGACAGCAAGGACAACAAGGACAACAGACAUCCUUUCGCUCUGUACGGUUCAGGAGAGAAGGAUGCAGACAUCGCAGGCAGGAAGACACACAAUGUUGGGCCUGUAGCUUCGACAAAUGAGAUCCAUGAGUCAGCUCUUCGCGCGAAGACCAGAAGGGAGGUAGAGCGUCAGAUCCUGACCCAGAGGACCGAGCGCCGGAGAGCCAAGUCUGCCGAUCUGGACAAGGCCAAAAAGUUGGUUCAACCGGAAUUCAACCCCUGGCUCACUGAGUACAUGCGCUGCUUCUCUGCUCGCUCCCGAUAGGACACACACACACACACACACACACACACACACACACACACACUUAGCAGAAUUACUUCCAGUCCAGACAAAAAUACAAAGUAAAAGCCAUUAUUGCCUAUCAACCCUGAGGUUUAAACACCCAUAGAUGUAGAAUAGAGCGUGGGACUGAAUGUGUAUCACUCUCGUAUUCAGGAUGUAAACUGAAAAAACCUUGAACUCUGAAAUUCACAGCGUGGCUUAAUGUUUUUUAUAUAUAUUGAUUUUUAAUAUAUACAAUAAGAAACAUUUUACAAGGUUGAAGUGACUCUUGAAAUAAAUAAUUUGAAAGUAAAUAUAUAAUUAAUGGAUACAUAUACUGUUUACAGAUAUUUUAAAUGCAUUUUAACAGCUGUACUUUGAUGCAGUCCCUUUAAACACAGGCUAUAUGAAAUGUGCCCAUAUUCCUUACACAGGAAUCAGUGUAAUUCACAAAGGGGUACAUGGCAGCAUGUCUGAAUAGAUUCAGACGCCUUCUUAGAUCUGAGAUCAAAUGAAGAAUGUACAUCCACAUAUAGACAAAGAACAACACACACACACACACACACACACACACACACACACACACACACACACACACACACACAAUCAAGUUGUUUGUAUUCCAAAAAAAUCAUAGUAAGCACAACAAGAUGGUUUAAUCAACAGUCAGUUGAUGUUGAAGUUUUUCUCAGAUUUAUGCAGCUUUCAAUGUGAAUAGGCAUUUUUCUUUGAAGUAUUGAUGGACAUACAGAGCUACGUCUGUUUAAGAGUUUUUCAGACUUUCAGGUCACUCAGUGCUGUGAACUGGUUCUUGUCGAUUUAAUGGUUUGAGUAAUGGUUUAGGGGUUGAUCCCAAUUUAUUUGGUUUAGAAUAAAUAGUGAAUCAAACUCUAUGUAAAGUCACAUUUGUGUGAUGUGGCGGUUGAAUUUCCUCUUGAACUCAUUAACAGUUUUACGUGUUAUUGACUUAAAAUAGUUGUGUUUGUUGUUUAGUUGUGUUAAUAUACAGUAACAAAUCAAUCUGAUGCUUUUACAGUGUGAAAAUAGAUGUAUGUGACAUUUAAAAAACACUGUAUGACUGUGAAUAGUGUACUUCUGUUAUACAUUUCCACCAGAAAAAACAUAAUGUUAAAAAUAACACACAGCUGAUUAUUGGUUAUUUUCAAAGCAUAACAAACACAGGUUUAUUGUUGAGUCCAACUUUCUUUAUCAUUAUUGAUACUGAAUGUGCUUUAGAACCAAACAACAACAGUGGACAUUAAGCUGAUAAUAAAUACAUAAUAAAUAGGGUUUACUGGUAAAAGCAGCAUACACUCUAAAGCCUGACCAAAUAAAACAGCACUUUGAUAAUUAGUCACCUUUCUGUAUAAUAUUUGUACAGAACACCUUGCCAACUAUUUAGGUUCUUAUGUAAUUCAUUCAUCUGUUGAAUCUCUGUAUGUUAAUGAUGUAUUGAACAUGAAACGAUGUAUUGAACAUGAAACAAUGUUAUUUGUGCUCACACAAGAAGACGAAGAUUGACUUUGAAAGCUUUGUGUAAUGGAUCUGGUCUUUUCAGGAUAUUGGGUUUCAAUAUAUGAACCAUGAGAAUUUAGAUCCUUUUUGGUUUCCUUGUGUCAGCGAUUAUGAUAAAUGAGCUCUGUGCCAUGAAGACUUUUCUCCCUUUACAACUAUAAUUAUUGAUGUGAAUAAUGUACAGAGAAAAAGACGGGGCAGUUUGAGGUCUGUGCUUACAUUUGGACUUUUUUUUCUUUCUUUGUUUUGUUGUUGCAGCUCUGAGUUCAGUAUUACAUUAUGUGCUUUUGUUUAGUUUUUCUGUGUUUAAGUUAUACUACAGUAUAGUUCCAGGAACAGAUGUGAAAUCUUGUGCAAUAUUAUUUUACUUUAAAUAUUUAAAUGUUUUUUUUUAAGAGGUGGUGAACUUUGACAAUCUCUGAAGAAUCCCUGUAUUCUUCAAUAAUUAUAGACCAAACUAUAGUUAAAAUCUUCUUAAUACUGUAGAGACACUUUACUUUUAAUGAGACAUUUCUAUACUUGCCACAUUUUUCUAGGUUUCCUUGGUAUAGAAUAGAAGACAUACACCAGGCCUAAAUAUUAUUUUAGGCCACCACAUGUCCAAAUUUUAAAUAGUUAUUUUAAUAGUUUUAAGUGUUACCGCAGUGUAGAGUCUGAUUUUCUGCGGUUACAAUCUAAUUGAUCUACUUUACUGAUGACAGACAGGGUACGAUAAUUACAAAAUACUGUAAAAUUCACUGAUACUUUAGAUUUUCAUGUUUAUAUUUUAGGCUUUUAACAUACUGUCUGUACAUAUUUUAUAUGGUUUAGAGGAAAAGACUGCUGAGGUUAAAUGGUGUGGUGCAAAGUUUUUAAUAAAUCACUUUUCCGCC